GUCCCGCGGCACCGUCCCCACCCACGCGCGCACUCGUAGCUCUCCAGGGUGGGCGCGGGCGGCCCCUCGCAGCCACCAUCUUGACUGGCGGCCGCCAUCUUGGGUGGAGCCGCCGCCGGUGGACGGGCGACCCGGCGGGACGGGAGGUGCCCGGGCAGGACCCGCCCGGUGGGUGACAGGCCGCCGCGGUGACAGGCAGCCCAGCCAGCUCCCGAGGGGCUCCGGCCCGCAUCCCCCCUCGGGCUCCAGGCCCCCACCCGCGGGACCCGCUCCCACAGCCAGAGGCAGCCAUCCCCCGCCCCUCCCCGGCAGCUCUGGAAACGGCCGAGCGGCUUUCGGCACACUUCGGAACUCUUCGUGCGCCCAUCGGGAACAGCCGAGAGCGGCGAGCCCCGUUGAUGAGACUCGGGCAUUUCCGGAUAGGUCCGAGAGCACUUCGGCUUUCUCCGGAACGCGGUCGAGCAUUUCCGGUUGCGGCCGAUAAACGGCCAUUGGCUUCAUAGCGGUUCCUCGCGCGCGCGCCCUGGAGCUGGGGCGGAAGUGCGGGUGGGAGACGUCAGUUCCGGAGAGUGACGGAGCGGCGGGUCAGAGGCGGCAGCAAAAUGGCAGCGCCUGAGGAGCGGGAGCUGACGGCGGAGCAGACCGAGAAGCUGCUGCAGUUCCAGGACUUGACUGGCAUAGAGUCCAUGGACCAAUGUCGUCACACACUGGAGCAGCACAACUGGAACAUAGAGGCAGCUGUACAGGACCGACUGAAUGAGCAAGAGGGUGUCCCAAGUGUCUUUAAUCCUCCUCCAUCGCGGCCAUUGCAGGUCAAUACAGCUGACCACAGGAUCUACAGCUAUGUUGUCUCAAGGCCACAGCCAAGGGGCCUGUUAGGAUGGGGUUACUACUUCAUAAUGCUUCCAUUCCGAUUUACCUAUUACACGUUACUUGAUAUAUUUAGGUUUGCUCUGCGUUUUAUACGCCCUGAUCCUCGUAGUCGGGUCACUGACCCAGUGGGUGACAUUAUUUCGUUUAUUCAUAUGUUUGAGGAAAAAUAUGGGAGGAUACACCCUGUCUUCUACCAGGGAACUUACAGCCAGGCACUGAAUGAUGCCAAGCGGGAGCUGCGCUUCCUGUUGGUGUAUCUUCAUGGGGAUGACCACCAAGACACAGAUGAAUUCUGCCGCAAUACACUGUGCGUACCUGAGGUGAUCACCCUCAUAAACACUAGAAUGCUCUUCUGGGCUUGCUCAACCAAUAAACCAGAGGGAUACAGAGUCUCCCAGGCUCUGCGAGAGAACACAUACCCAUUCCUGGCUGUGAUUAUGCUGAAGGAUCGCAGAAUGACGGUAGUUGGGCGGCUAGAAGGCCUCAUCCAGGCUGAUGACCUCAUUAAUCAACUGAUGUUCAUCAUGGAUGCCAACCAGACAUACCUGGUGUCUGAACGCCUGGAAAGGUAUGAUGGGACCUGA